AUGGCUCAACCUCAACACAUUUUUGUCGAUACGCCGGAGGCGGUCGCCAGCCUUCUCUCAUUGGUUCCUAAGGAAACCACCUCCAUACCAUCAAUCUAUAUCGAUCUGGAGGGGGCCAAUCUAGGCCGUCACGGUUCCAUAUCCCUACUCCAACUCUUUAUAUCUAUCAUUCCUCAUAUCUAUAUUCUCGAUAUUCACACCUUGGGACAAUCUGCGUUCACAACCCCUUCAUUGAUUGACCCAUUGACUACCCUUAAAACUGUUCUGGAAGACCCUUCUAUUCCUAUCGUAUGCUACGACGUACGCAGCGACAGCGACGCUUUAUAUAAUCUCUACUCUGUUUCUAUCGCUAAUGUAGUUGAUCUGCAAUUGUACGAGGCAGCAACAAGAACCGGGCCUCGUACACUAUUGAACGGCCUAUCUCGAACGAUAAGGACACACUCUAAUUUAUCACCCCUGGAGGCACGAAAAUGGGAGCAAACCAAGCAGCGAGGAGCCCAGCUGUUCACCCCUGAGAAAGGUGGUAGCUUUGAGGUAUUCAGCGAUAGGCCUUUACCCAAGGAGAUACUAGAUUAUUGCGUGCAAAAUGUACAACAAUUACCCUGGCUGUGGCAAUACUUUAGUCGAAAACUUGAAAAAAUGGAUGAGCGAUGGAAAGCCCUGAUAGAAACUGAGACGCAGGCAAGAAUAGCGUUAUGCAGAGAGGAAUACGUCACUGAAGGUAGACAGAGGGCUUUAGCACCCCUUUCCUUUCGAAGUUUUCCAUCACACGUCACCAAGAACCCAUAA